GUAUGUUUAGUUAUUGCAAGUGAAGGUUUUCGUUGUCCAUUUAUUGGGUAUUUAAAAAUUGGUGAAUGUCAUAUUUUACGAAAAGUUGAUGUUGUUAAACUAGAACAAAAUGGUACAAAAAGUCGACAAUUACGUCAGGUAGUAAUGGGAAAAAUUACUGCACCAGAUUCAUUUGGUGAAAUAAGUGUUAUAUCACAAGAAGCCAUGACUUGUACUAUAGUAACUUCUACUCAUUGUUGGUUAGGAAUAAUCCGACCGGAAAAAAUUUUAGAAUUACCUGAUGUAACACGUAAAUUAAUGUUGCAAACUACUCAACGUACUUUUGGUCAUUUAACGCAAGAUGAUAUUCGUCGAGAAUAUGUCAGUCAAGAAACACGCAAAGAAUGGACUGAUUUUAAAAAUGAUAUUGUACAUCGUGUUAUCUCAAAGAAAAAGCAUCGUCGUGCUCAUAAUGAAUGA